GGCUGGGCUCGGCUGGGCGGGAGGGAAGGGGCCUGCUGCAGCUGAGGUGACGCAUCACUGCCAGGCAAUCCCAAGCAGCAGCUGGGUCAGUGGGCAACUGGAACACUGGCUUCAGAAUGGACCUGUGCCACCCAGAUCCAGCGGAACUGAGCAGUGGGGAGACGGAGGAGCUACAGCAGAUCAAAUGGCACCGGAAGCAGCUUCUGGAGGACAUCCAGAAGUUGAAGGACGAGAUCGCAGAGGUGUUUGCCCAAAUCGACUGCUUCGAAAGUGCGGAGGAGAGCCGGAUGGCCCAGAAGAAGAAGGAACUGUGCAUCGGACGCAAGAAGUUUAACAUGGACCCCAGCAAGGGCAUCCAGUAUCUCAUUGAACACAAGCUGCUGACCGCCAAUGUCCAGGACAUCGCCAAGUUCCUCCACAAGGGCGAGGGCCUCAACAAGACAGCCAUAGGCAUCUACUUGGGGGAGAGGGACCCCAUCAACCUGCAGGUCCUCCAGGCCUUCGUGGACUGCCAUGAGUUCGCCAACCUCAACCUCGUCCAAGCCCUCAGGCAGUUUCUGUGGAGCUUCCGGCUGCCGGGAGAGGCCCAGAAGAUCGACCGGAUGAUGGAGACCUUCGCCACUCGAUACUGCCUCUGCAACCCGGGCGUCUUCCAGUCCACAGACACCUGCUAUGUCCUGUCCUUCUCCAUCAUCAUGCUCAACACCAGCCUCCACAACCCCAACGUCCGGGACAGGCCACCCUUCGAGCGCUUUGUGUCCAUGAACCGGGGCAUCAAUAACGGCAGUGACCUGCCUGAGGAGCAGCUGCGGAACCUCUUCGACAGCAUCAAGAGCGAGCCCUUCUCCAUCCCAGAGGACGACGGCAAUGACCUCACUCACACCUUCUUCAACCCGGACCGGGAGGGCUGGCUGCUGAAGCUGGGGGGCCGCGUGAAGACGUGGAAACGGCGCUGGUUCAUCCUGACCGACAACUGCCUCUACUACUUUGAGUUUACCACCGACAAGGAGCCACGAGGGAUCAUACCACUUGAGAACCUCUCAGUCCAGAAGGUGGACGACCCCAAGAAACCAUUCUGCCUGGAGCUCUACAACCCCAGCUGCCAGGGCCAGAAGAUAAAGGCCUGCAAGACAGAUGGUGACGGCAAGGUGGUGGAGGGCAAGCACGAGUCCUACCGGAUCUCGGCCGCCAGCGCCGAGGAGCGGGACCAGUGGAUCGAGGCCAUACGAGCCAGCAUCACCCGCGUGCCCUUCUACGACCUAGUCUCUGCUCGAAAGAAGAAGAUUGCCAGCAAGCAAUGUCAGCUGACAAUGGGGCAGGAAGCAAAGCUCAGGAGGCUGGGUGGGAGCCCCCCAGGCUCAGAGUCCGGCAAUGAGGCCCCAUUGCCCCCUGCCCCAAGUCCACUACAGUAAAGGGUAAGGAAACUAGCCUGAGGCCCGGCACCCUGUCCUAAUUUCUGGGCCUUAGUUUCCUCAUCUGUGAAAUGGCUCCUUGUACCCUGAAAUGCUGUCAUUCCUCCAAGUAGGAGAAGCCUGGAAGUCCCUGAGCGUUUCCUGUCCUCAGCGAGGCCUCUUCCUUCAGCUGGGGGAGGGUGUUAAUCUCUGCUUGCCCCUUCCCUGGCCUCGGCUUGGGCUUGGCCCUCCCUGCCUGAGCAGGGCUCAUCACAUACAUACCUUAGCCCCACAGACAGGGCGCCUGGAGACACCAGGAGCUUGGGCCCCAGGGUUCCUGUCCCGCCUUCAUCGUCAACUCACUGUGUGCCCUCUGCUACGGCAUGCUUCUUCUCUGGUUCUUGGCAAACAACGUGCUUGGAAUACAGAUGUCUUGGCCCCUCUGGGUGCUACGGCUAUUUCUCAAAGCCCACCUUGGAUGCUGGGUACCGGCACCACCCCCACCCCCCAGGGUGGCAGAAGCAGUCCCAGUGCGGGACCCCAACAGUGGUGAACUGGCCAGCCUCCUCCUCUCCAGGCGUCUCUUCUCCACGGAAGGCCAGGAUUGCACUGGGCCUCCCCCAAGGAGCUCUCGGGUGGAGAGCGUCCACCUGUUUACUGAGCCGGGGCAGGGUCUGAGUGGAAGGUUGCCAGGGAAUCAAGAGCAGAAGUGAGCUCCACCUUUAAGGAAGUCCAUUUGAAGGACAGGGGCAGUUGAAACCCCUCAAGGAAAUGGCAGAGAGCAUCCCAGACAGACGGGACUCAAGCAAGACUGGUGGUUCAACCAAGAGGCCAAGAAGACUGUGCUUUGUGAGCUGUGGCUAUCAGAAGGGCUGCCUGGAGGCAGCACCUGAGCUGACGAGAGAUGCAGGGCUCAUGCCUGGAGAGGCAGAGUCUCAGCCACAGCUUCCCUGCUGGACCACUAGCCAGGGGCCUGUGGCAGUGAGGGACAGCCCCAGUGAGCUCCAGGGUCCCAAGACCCUCUGCAGCAGCCCUGCCAGAGUAGAGCUGACAUCCUACCCUAGGCAGGCAGCUCUGUCUCCAGGUGGGACCCAGCCUGGAGGAGGAUUCCAUGAACAGGCUGCUUCUCAGAAGCACUUCUCACUCCCUCGCACAGGCCCCGGAGAGUCCCUGGAGGGAAAUUCCCUGGCGGGGGAACAGCAAAUGGAGCUGACUCUGCCCCACUGCCAGCCUGUGUGGGCGAGCAGAAGCCAGGUGGAUUCCCCAGGAGGAGCAGCAGCUCCAAGGGCAACCCCCCCACCCCACACCCUUCCACAGGGUCGGGACUGCUCAAGAAUGGAGUAGCUGCCUUGUGACAUGAUGCGAUUCCUGUCCCUGGAGGUGGGCAAGCAUCUGGUAAUGAUACUGCACCAUCAAGGGUCGGGGCUGGUAUCUGCAGGAGCAUCCAGCAGAAGCCUUGCUGAACAUCUGAGGAAUUCUGCAGAUCCCAGCCUGGGAGAUGAGCUCCACCUCUGUUGCCCUGUUUGGCCCAUAAAGGGGCAGCCAGGAAUUGUGGAAGGAGAACUGGGCCGGGAGUCAGGAGGCCAGAGGUCCUCUCCUGCCUCUGGCACACACUGGCUGUGUGACUUUGGCCCACUCCUUGUUGUCUCUGAUCCUCGGCUUCCUCCUCCACCACUAAGUGGGUAGAAUCAGUGAUUUUCUGGGUAUGAGCAGCUAUUCUGGAAAUCACUCAUAGACGAGAAUAAAGCUCAUGAUCCAACUCGUGCCUGGGGCUCUGUCCUCUCCAUGGUCAUGUCUACCACCCCAGGCCCCACCUUAGUCUUUCACACCAAAUGAGGGCAAGAGGGUCAGACUGGGCAGGGUAGGCUCUGGAACCUUGUCCUCGGAGGCACUGGGGCUGCUGUGCUAGACAGAAGUCCCCAGCAGCUGGGCCACAAGGACACAACUCCUGUGGGGCAAGGGUAGUGUGAGCUAGUUCUGCCAAGCUCAGAAAAAUGCAAAAGAACUUUUUAGCAGGCAGCGCUGACCAGAAAUGGAAAAGGCUGCUGCUUCAGGAGAUGGGUGAUAAGCUCUCUGUCACUAGAGGGAUGCAAGCCCAGGCUGGCUUAAAUAAUGACUUGGCAUGCUACAGUGGGCCUUGAAUUUGGUAACCUUCAUUUAUUUGUGCUCUCAGCAAACAUUUACUGAGUGCCUGCUGCAUGCCAGGCACUGUUCCAGGCACUGGUGGAAGAAGGCAGAAUCCCUGCCUACAUGGGGCUUGCAUUCUAUGACUCUAGAUAGCCACCUUAGAAUGUGCAGGGCACCCAGUUAACCCCAUGCCCUAACCCAGCCACCUGCCUGAAAUUCCACCAUUUGAAUGAUCAACUUAUCCACACAUUUUUUCAUUCAGGCCACGCUUACUGAGCACCUACUAUGUGCCAGAUUCCACGCACAGAACCAAGGGUCUAAAGAUGAUCAAGACAAAGCCUCUGUCCUCAAAAGGAGCUCAAGUCUAUGGGGAAGACAGGCGUAAACAGCCAGUUACAGCCCAGGUGACUUGUGCUAGAAUAGAGCCAGGUACAGGGGCCAGCAGAGGGCUGGGCUGGGCUGAGCUGGGCAAUCUGGGGAGGCUUCUCAGACGAGGCAGCCAGGCUGUGCACUUGCUCAGUGCCUCACACACAGUAAGUAGGUGCAUAAUCAUUGCUGGUUAGACCGAAGUCAGCUGAUGAAAGGUGCUCUGGGCUCAGCACCAGCAAGGGCAAAUGUCUGGAACCACAGGAAACUGCGAGAACGUCGGUGCUGCUAGCGGGUGGGGAGUGGCCUGAGAGGUGGGCAUGGCCUCCCUUGUCACCAUCCCUCGGUCACCAUCGGGAAUUGGGCGAGUCCGGCUCUGGCUUAUCGGCCCAGACCCCUUGACUCUGCCCACCUGCCUGACAUUCUGCUACUCCUCGCUCUGGGCAGCAGGGGGCUCCCACCACCCAUGGAUGAGAGGUUCUGACACCACAGCCAGGCUGGGGCCCUGACCAGCAGCCCCUCACAGGGUCUGUCGGGCCUCUGUCCAGAGCAGAGUCCUGGCCUGGGCACGCGGUGGGGGGAGGGGAGAGUGCAGCUGGUCCACUAGGGCCUGCGGGCUCAAGCAGUCCAACAGACACCCAGGGCACCCCCUCCCACCAUCCCUGAACACAGUCUCCCCUACUCAGCCUGGGAGGUGGGAUACUCCAGCUCUCUCACCUUCUGGCUGUGGACACUGAGUUAGUUGCUUACCCUCUCUUAGUAUUAUUUUCCUCCCUGAAGGAUUGAACCAGUAAGUUCCAUGACACAAACCUUUAACAGGGACUUCUGUGUGCCAGAGGGUCCCAGACAUGGGUGCAACGCAGCCCCUGCUCCAGGAGGAAUGGAGGCAGACGAGCAGAAACCACAAAAGUCACUUACUGCAAAAGGCCACGGGGGGCGGCAGUGAGAGCUGUUACUCUGGGACCCUAGGGCCUGGGUUCAAGGCUCAUCUCUACCACUUAUUCUCUGCAUCUUAAGCAAGUUUCUUAAGCUCUCUGCACCUCAGUUUUUCCAUCUAUAAAAUGGAGAUAAUUAAAUACAUGCAAGUCCUUAGAACAGUGCUGGAAACCUACUCAGGGUUAUGUAAGUGCUUCCCAUUAUAAGGCAGACUGUGUGCCUGCAUGGAAAUACAGGACAGUCUGGAGUCACUGGGGAGGGAAGAUUCAUGGUGGAGGUUAAAGAUCUUUGAAGGCUUCUUGGAGGAGGUGCCCAGAAAGAUUAGCUAAGUGGAGGCCUGGGCCUUCCAGCCAAAGGGGCCAAAAGGAGACAAGACUAGGAUGCAGAAUAAAAUGAGGUCUUUCUGGGACUUCCUCGGCCCCAAACACAAGACCCAGGGUAGGGCAAGACUAUGGUGGACAAAGAGGAUGCAAGGUGGAGGGGGGCUGGGCCCUGGCCAGCGCUGAGCUUUGCGCAGGAUGCUGAUUGAGCUCUUCCUCCUCUCUGACGGCAUGAAGCCCUGCCUGGGGAUUCAGGAACACUCUGGAUGGCUGAACAGAGGCCAUCCCAACAUGGGAGCAGACAGCCCGGCACAGGACUGAGGCCCUGGGAUGGAGCAGGAGAGGGCAAGGGAGCUGAAAGGGCAUGGAGGUCCCCUGCCAGGUCUCCAGGGUAUGGUAAAACCCCCAUCCUGAGCCCUGAUGACCCAGAGCUGGCACUGGGGCCCUGUACCCUGGGUGCCAGGGAGGACAGCAGAUGGGGCGGGGGCAGCCAGGAGUUGAGUGGCAGGUGUGAGAGGUCUGGAGAAAUUGAUUUAUUAGGGACAAUGAAAGGAGCUAAAUAUGUUUGCCGGGCUCAGCGAUGACUCAGGCUUUCCCCAGGGGUCCACAAAGCUAGAGCAUCAAAGAAUUGAAGGCAGUCCUCCUCCCACCAGAGCUCCGCCCACCGCCCACCUCGGGCUCCUCCUUCCAGCCAGAGAAGGACCACCUCUGGAAGGUCCUGAAAGUCUGGCCUCCCCUGGCACCAGGGACCCAGCCACUCAGCCAGCCUGCCCCACUCCCAUCCCGCCGGCCACCAGACGUCACCCAGGAUGGUUGAAG